AUGGAGGUCGAGGAUGAAGACAGUAUGGAAUAUGAGGACCAAGAGAUUAUAGAACUCGUGGAUGUGAUCAGGCCAUUAAGACGUAAAGUCGGGGUCAAGAGCAAUGUCAUCGAGGACAAAAAGGAUAUCGUUGAGGACGAGAAGAACAUCAUCGAGGACAAAAAGAACAUCAUCGAGGAAAAGAAAAACAUCGUUGAGGACAAGAAGGAUAUUGUCGGGGACAAAAGACAUGUAGAAGCCAAAGCGGAAGAGUAUAGCGACGAUGAUUCUUCUGCUGCCCCCCUCGCCGGCGAGUUUCUCCCAUCUCCUGAGCUUUCUCACACAGGAAACACCCCCCCAAUGAGCGAGGAAGAUCUCAAACAUGAGCCUUCGUCCGGCGAUAAAACAUCGUCCCCCUCAAUAAUAUAUCCCGCAGACUGCCCGCUCAAUCUAAGUGACACCAAUUCCAAGAAGAGUUCAUCUGAUGAUGACUUUUAUUCCAUCUUAACAAAAGAUUCACACACAGGCAUUACUCCCGAGAUGAGUGAUGCUAACCUUGAUGAGUCCCAGUAUGCUUCGUUCCCAGAAUCAGAACGAAGUUCUUUGCCAGUGAGGAUGCCUAGCACUGACGAAGAGGGCUAUAAUGCAGGUGACGAGGACAGCUUUAAUUUCGAACCAAUCGACGAAGAAAUGUACAAUGAUGAGACCGAGCACGAAGGAUCGGAACGUCACAUCCGAUCAUUUGCGAGUCAUUCUAGUGACAGGAGGCGCCGGCGUUCCCUAGAGAGUCAAGAUCGAGCUGAUGCUGAAUACAGAGACCUUCAUGGAUCCGACGGCAGCAGUAGCAGCACCAAGCGCAGGCGCCUAUCCAGUGAUGUUUUCGUCGAUAUUGAACAGCAGAAACGGAAACUUGGCGUGCCACCAAGCUCGCGGGAGGUCUACAGGUACCGAAUCAAAGGAGCAAAAUACCAAGCAUGGAUAGACGAUCCUGACGCGCCAGGGUGCAACGUUCGACCAGCUACAUUGACUCUAGAAGAGAUGAUUGACGAUGCACAGCCAUACCCUUGGGUAAUCGAGGAUUCUAACUACCAGUUUGAGCACCUAGCACUCAGAGGUGGCGGUGUCUCAUCGAUGAAUAUUGCUCGUGGCGGUAAAAACUACCAUUACACAUAUCUCCGAAGAGACCCAGGGCCAAAUUCGUACCAGGUUAAUGAAUAUGAGCAUCAUGUUGGUCGUGGCAUUCUCGUUGUGGAGAGAAUUUUCAGAUCAGACGGUCCUUAUUGGUGUGAGGCCGCCCGGGCUCAAUAUUCGGUUGAUUAUAACAUAGACACCUUGAGACAUGUUGCGUUUGUCGAUAUAACAGAUGAACAAACAGGACCGUAUAUACGCUAUGAGCUAUACCCUAGACUCGGCAUUGAGUGGUUGGUAGCAGGACGGCAGGAUUAUUAUGAGUUUGAACAUGGUAGCGUCGAGUAUCAAGAGCUCCUUGGUACACGGUUGGGUGUAUCAAUGGCUUGUCUUGUCCUAUCGUCCUUUCCUAGGGGAAUAAUGAAGAUCACGAAGAUUGUAACUUGGUCGACUGCGACACAUCCGCAGAUGCGAUUCGUGAUGGAGCCUAUUGUUCGUGAGCCAGUUGCUGUGGCCACAGCUGCAUGA